CCCGCCAUCCAGACAAGGAGGUCUUCCGGGGUUCAUGCACAGCUUUUGGUGCUUUCGUUUCAUGGCUUCUCUUCUUCUUCACGCUUAGUCUGAUGUAAUAGUAAUACUACUCUACUACUGCUCCACAUUAAUCGAACACACGAUUCAUCGUCACCUCAGUCACUCGUUCGAACAUGAACAUGACUCAGCGGCUGCGGCUGCGGCUGCUCACCCUCCUGUAUGUGAUUUCAUGUACCAUCCUCAGUACUUGGUCAGUGGUUCGAGCCUCCACCAGCCAAGAUCAAUUGACCAGUGGUUUUAAAGCCACUCCAAAUCCAGCUGUCUCAACUUUCCAGCCCAUCCUCACCGAUUCCACGGGUAACUACUCGCUGGGCUUCCUCCGUCUCAACAAAACUCAGCUCACCCUCGCCGUCGUCCACGUUCUGUCCUCCGAAACCAUAUGGCACGCCAACAUAACUCGAUUGCCAAGAUGGUCCGAUCCUACUCAGCUCACCUUCAACGGCAGCCUUGUAGUGUCGGAUCCUGGGUCCGGGGUGUUUUGGUCCACCUAUACGGAUGGAGACCGUGUUUGGCUGUCCAACACUUCAAAUCUCCAAGUUGAGACGUCCGACGGCUCCGCCUUAUGGCAGAGUUUUGAUUUUCCGACGGAUACCCUCGUCGAGAAUCAGAAUUUCACCAGUAACAUGUCCCUUGUUUCUUCCAACGGGAUAUACUCCAUGCGGCUGGGACAAGAUUUCAUGGGGCUGUACGCGAAGUUCAAGUCCGGGUCGGAUCCGGGGCAGAUAUACUUGAAACACAGGGCGAUGCAAGCAAAAGCGGAAAUAGUCCAAGGUCAACCCAUUUAUGCAGUGGUCGAGUCUGACGGGUUCCUGGGCAUGUACCAGAACGGGACAACCCCGGUCGACGUUCAAUCAUUCAGCAGUUAUCAGCAACCCGUGUCCGGAGUGAGGCGGGUGCGGAUGGAGACAGACGGGAAUCUAAAGGGAUAUUUCUGGACGGGGUCGAGUUGGAUCCUGGACUACCAGGCGGUAUCCGACCCGUGUGAAUUGCCCUGCUCAUGCGGGCCAUACGGGCUGUGCCAACCGGGAAAGGGAUGCGGCUGUCUAAACAACAACGAGACGGAGCCCCAAACCGGGCGGUGCGUGUCACCGGGGAAUCACAAUAUGGUUGACUUUUGCAGCGCCUACGAUAACAAGUACAAAGCGCUGAGAAGCAGCGGGGUGGACCUGCCCUACAAGGAACUGAUGGGGUACCAAAUCAUGGAGAAUUUCCAGGAAUGCGAGAAUGCAUGCGAACGAAAUUGCACGUGUUGGGGUGCGGUGUACAGGAACACCUCUGGGUUCUGUUACAUCUUAGAUUAUCCCAUACAGACGCUAGUGCGGGUGGCGGAUGAAUCCAAAAUGGGCUACUUUAAGGUGAGCGAGGGUGUAGGGAAAGGGAAGAUGGACGUGGGACUAGGAGUUGGGGUGGGGGUGUUGUGUGGGGCCAUUUUGGUAAUUGGUGGGGGUUUAGUGGGGUAUGGGUGGUAUAGGCUGAGGAGGAGUAAACAGAGGGGGGUGAGCGGAUACGUAAAAGAGGAGGGCAUAAUAGGUGGUGGGGUCGGACCAUACAAGGAUUUGGGAGCUGCCAGUUUUAGGUCAGUUGAACUAUCUGCGAGAUGACGUAAGGGAUGAUGGCAUUGGGCAUUGGCUGGAUUGGGUCUUUUUCAACUUGGACUCAAAAAGUUUUUAAGUAGUUUUUCUUUAUUGGGGUGGUGGUACAAAUACUUUGUGGGACCGGCAGAUCCGUUGGGUCAGUGUUGGGGGGUGGACUUUUUAUCUCUCCAUCUUUUGGGGGUCCCACAGUGCUAUCCUUGGAGGAGGAGGAGGAGGCUAGGAGAGAUGCUGGGAGCUGAUGAUUUUCUCCUCGAAAACCACGAACGGACAAAAAAUGCCAUUUUUAUUGCGGGAUUUGAUGUUCCAAUCAUUUCAAUCAAAGUGGAUCUCGUGUAUUCGGUUUGUGGAAUAAUGCCAGUUUGCUUCGUAAAAUUACUAGCA